AUGCCUCGUCAUCUGCCAGACGAGAUUAUCCAAAUCAUCCUGAACGAGCUCGACGACCCGACGGCUUUCAGCCAGCUCUCUAAACGCUACCAUCACUUCACGAAAGACCCCUACGUGCGCUCCUCGUACUUUCUCACUCGCUAUGGGCGCAUACAGGCAAUAUUUUGGGCUCUGGGGAGAGGGAAAUUGGUCAACGAGAGAGUACUGGAUAUCUUGCUAUCUAGUGGCGCCCAUCUUUCACGAUACCUCGUGCAGUGUGCAAUCCACCACUAUUUCCGCGCACAGGUAUCGUUCAUUAAGACCAAAUGGGUCCGCACCCUGCCCCUCCCGGUGUUCAACUAUUUCUUGACCCUCGCCACGGCCACCUUUGGAGACUUCCCCCACGGCAAGAAUGAGGAUGACGGUUCGAUCUUCACCGCUUUACUUAAGUGCAGCAGGUUUCCUACCGAUAUCCGUUCGGGGAAGUUGGACACGCUGCAGGAGGUGUUGGAAAAGUACAAAUUCAUCCCCUUUUCAAAUAAGGACCCCCUCAUGGCGCAAUUCCCGUUAGUACUUGCCAUUCAGCCUUGUCUUCUGCCAUAUGCGCGAGCCAAUGGUUUCCGCAUGGAUCGCAAGUAUCGUAAUUUCGUCUUCCGCAAGAUGUUCGAGAAACCGGCGGUACCCUUUGACGGGCGCGUGGGCGAGAUCAUCCAGAAUGUGAAGGAUUUAACACGUCUCGACACUGAUAUGUUCCUCAGUCGGACAGUCGCCGCGGAGAUAUGCAUGGAAGCACGGACGAAUGAACCUGCGUAUACAGCUCUCAAGAGACUGGAUAAAGAAGGGCUUCUCAAGUUCGAGCUACUAUCUGUUGUUGAGGAUUUGACCAAGCUAUUUGUCAACACCCGUUCCAUCAGCAACACGUUCACCAAUCAUGUCCUCAGCACGCUGUAUCGCGACUUUACGUCCCAAGAUCCAACUGUUCGUCUUGUCCUGCUAUGCACGGUAUUCUUUUCAGAGGUGCCGCUCCUUCCUACCUCGCUGUCGAUUACCUCGGCGUCUUCAGGGCCUCUCAACAACUAUGUGACCACAUGUCGCGAGAAGAUCGAGGGCUUAGGACUGGCCCCUAUCACGCGUCAGGAUCUGUUUGAAGUACUCGUGAACAGGUUUGCUCCAGAUCGCUUCGGUGGGAUCCUGGAGUACGGACGAAGGGUAGUAGGUCUGGACAAGACGGAGAUUAGCGCGUUGCUGCGUGACGUUGCAUUCGCAUGUUUAGAGGUCGGAUGCAAGGGGAAGAUGCUGAAGAAGCUAUUCGAGGCUGAUGAAACGCUCUCGGACGUUGUUGCUGCGCAUGUAUUACGCAAUUUCCAGCUGAGCGUCGACGAUCUACCGUCCCCUGACGACGAGAAGGCUUGCCGGAAGUUCGAAGCUCGCCUUUGCAGAGAUGUCACAAGACCUCUUGGGGUGCCCUUGGGCAUACCAGGAGGACAUGCAGAGCAAUUGCCAGCAGCUGCACACUCUGCUGUCGGCGAGGCAAACGUCGAAGAUGCUAUGCAUGAAGAUCAGGAGCAUGGAGACCAGGAAGAUGGAGGUGCUGAGGAGCAUGAAGGCGAUGAGGAAGACGAUAUGAUAGGAUCAACCGAUACUGCAAAUGAAGACAGUGGGGAGGACCUCGGCCCGAUAGGUCAGGACACGUUGUCUACCAUGAUCCGGAAGGACGAGCUCGCGCCGUCUCGUCGCCGACGAUUCUAUGACAUGUAUUCAUCUUACAACGACACCAUGGGCAAGCUCCCAUAUCCUGUAGACUACAUGAUUGUAAGUCGAUUUAUUCGCAUCCACUACGGUCGCCGAAGCGCCGUUGCCGCGGUCUUCAUGUUGCAUGCUGUAUUGAACGGGAGCGUAGCUGUUAUGCAACCGUAUUCUUAUAACGAACCAUAUGACGCAAACGCACGCAUGCCGGUGACACUGAAGUAUUUCAAGAUGCUCGCACGAAUCGGUCGAGCUCCAACUCCUUCUCUCUUCGAGGACAUCGAAACUGGAACAGAAUUCUACUUCAGCGAGGAGGAUUACCUGACACAAGAAGAGCUAGCUGGGGUGGUCUCCAGCCCUGCUAGGGCGCGGUGCCGUCGGACAAAGAUUAAGAUGGAGGUCACCGCGAAGCCUGAAGUCGUCGUGAUCCCGCUGCCUCCUGUUCCAGGACCAUCUCGAAUCCAAGGCCACACACGGGGCAAGAAGAGACCUCGUCGUUCUGCUACGACAACGAUGAAGUCAUAUGUCGUCCCGGAUAGUGACGACGAGGAAAUCGCGGAAGAGAAGGUGGACGAUAGCGUGAAGAAGAGACGCUCAGAGACCAACUUGCAGCGUUGGAUCAAGCAUUUAACCAUCCUCCACAAAGAGGAGCAGAAGAAGUACAAGGAGAAGAGAAAGCUCGAGCAAGCAGCCACAGAGCCGGGUAUUAAGAUCCGUAGUCCGAAGAGCGAUUUCUUUAAGGCGUUGACAACAAAUCUUGCACGCCUUCGUAAGGCAGACAGAGAGAAACGUAAGGCCCUGUAUGGGCCAGAUGUUGCCAGUGACGAUUAUAGUGAAGGCGAGGAAGACGAGUACCAAUAUCGGACUACACGGUCAAAACGACGCAAAGUCAAAGAUUGAGUGGUCCAUCCGAGUCUCCAACUCAACAACAAUCGCAUGAAACGCAUACCGCAUACAUCAUUCGAACUUAAUCCCAGCAUCGUUAUGGACCGCCUCCAGUACGCAGCAUGUCUGUAACACGAUCCAUCCAUUUACUUUAUCCCUGCGUAUUCAUUCAUGUAUUUCAUCAUGGCAGUUAUGCCUAAGCAGACACAUGAACGCCCUCUAUGCCCUUGUUCUCCACCCCCUCCCCCUCCCUUGAUGGUCGGCCUGUAGCAUUUUUUGAAUGGAAUUUAAGGUCUCAUGUUCAUUGUCAUA